AUAUGUAUCGAAUUUAUUAGCAGAAUGUCACAAUAUUUUGGAACAUCUUUGGUUUUUCAUAGUUGCAUUUAUUGUAUUUUCCAAUCAAUCUGGAAAAACACGCCCACCGGGUCGAGCUGGAGCUGCAGACGCUGGCGACUCGUGGAGGAUGUUGGAAACUGCUAUUUGUAAGGAAAAGCGUUAUAGCUGAGCAACUGAGAGAAGACCAACGCACAUAGGCUACUAGGUCUGGGCACCGAGAUCAAUGUACAGUUCCAUUGGAUAUUGCAAGCCUCCACCAUAAAAGCCAGCCAAAUAGAGCAGUAAAGAAAGGUUUGACAUAUGGUUGGAGUGAGUAGCGUAGAGCCGUAGCAGAGAUGAGUCUCACAUCAUGGUUCCUGGUAAACAGCGGGGGCACUCGUCACCGUCUGCCCCGGGAGAUGAUCUUCGUCGGCCGAGACGACUGCGAACUCAUGCUGCAGUCGCGGAGUGUUGACAAGCAGCAUGCAGUCAUCAACUAUGAGGUGAUCAGCGAUGAGCACAAAGUCAAGGACCUGGGCAGCCUGAACGGGACAUUUGUGAAUGAUGUCCGAAUCCAGGAGCAGAUGUAUAUCACUUUAAAGAUUGAUGACAAGCUGAGGUUUGGAUAUGAUAUCAACCUGUUCACGGUGGUGCGAGGGGAGAUGACUGUCCCAGACGAGGCUCUGCAGCAUGAGAAGUUCACCAGCCAGCUCCAGCUGGCUAUGAAGCCCUCCAAGGUUGAGCCUUCCAAGUCACCUGCCAAGUCCCCUACUAAGACCCCCAGACCAGCCGAGAGCAAGGCAGCCGAGGGGACCACCAUGGAGCCAUCGGCCAAACCUGCUGAAUCACACAAGGGAGAUGACAAGAUGGCAGGGGACAUAGCAGCAUCGCACCGGGGAACACCUCUGUAUGGACAGCCAUCUUGGUGGGGGGAUGGGGACGCAGACGACGAGAACUCCUUCAAGCAGGAGACCAAGACGUGUGGGAAGAAGCAUGACAGCUCUGCAGCAGACGACAGAGAGCCUAAGAGGAGUGAGAGGCCUAUGGAGGAUGGCCUGGGUCCUGAGCCCAGCUACUUUGAGAUCCCCACCAAAGAGGCUCAGAUGGCAGAGGACAGCAUUCAUGAGAUCCCCACCAAAGACAUUGAGGGGGCUGCUGCUACCCCCUCCACCCCCACCAGCGCUCAGGGCCACGCCUCACCUCACGCCUUCACCAUCGAGUUUGAUGACACCUCCCCUGGCAAGGUCAGGAUCAAGGACCACGUGUCCAACCUGACUCUAGACCACCGGCCCCGGCCUAAGAAGGCCCCCCAGCCGGGCAGCAAGGACCUCAGCACCCUGCAGGCCGCCAUGAUGGCCUCUGAGAGCAAGGUGGCUGAUUGGCUGGCCCACAACGACCCCCCCAUGGUGUGCAGUGAGUCCACGGAGGAGGACAGAAAGAGCAUCAAGAGUGAUGUCCCCAUCCACUUCAACAGGCUCAAAGGCAGCAAGCAUGAGGACGGUACCCAGAGUGACUCUGAGAACGGGAUUGGCCUGCGCUGCGACAGCCGGCAUCUGGCUGUGGAGGAGAGGCUGAGGUCGGCGCAGGGAGGACAGGGGGGUCAGGGAGGACAGAGGGGUCAGGGGGGCCGGACCAACAGGACUACUUUCAUGAUCGAAUUCUACGACGAUGACAACCCCCGCAAGCGACGCUCCUACUCCUUCUCCCAGACUGCACCGCUGCUCAGGGGCGCGGCCGGGGAGGCUCUGUGCCCCACACCCCCCUCCCACUCUAAGGCCCCCACCAUGACCACAGCCAGUGACUUCAGUAAGGCCCCGUUAUCAGCGGCCCUGAUAGCGGGAGCCCCCACGGCCGCUCGAGUGCUGAUGAAGCAGCGGUCUGAGGACCACAGCAUAGGGAGGAGCUCGGUCAGUGCAGGCCACCAGACCACUGAGCCCAGCCCCAGUGAGGAGGGUCAGAGGACCCCUCGGUCCCAGGGGGACAGGGAGCAGGAGGACAGGGAGCAGGAGGACAACCAGAGUGAUAAGGGAACCUACACCAUCGAGCUGGAGAACCGCAACCCUGAGGAGGAGGAGGCAAGGCGCAUGAUAGACAAGGUGUUUGGGGUGGAGCAGAACCAGGAUCCGUCUGUCUCAGGACCAGUAGAACUCCAACAGGGAGGAGGAGGAGGGAAGGAGAGGAAGGCCACAGAGACGGGAGAAAGUGUGAAACCAAGCUGCCUUCCAUCCAAGAGUAUGUCUGAGGACCCGGUGGCAGUGGGCAGUAGUCACUGGGUGUCUCAGUGGGCCAGUCCAGCUGCUAACAACACCAGAACCGACCCAGAGGGGUCUGGUGCGGAGUCACCUGCCUUCGUCCAUCAGCAGAGAGAAGCGGAUGCCUUUGAGUCGGGCGUGUCCAUCCGAAGCGCCAGCUCUGCCACCUCCAGUCUCACCGAGCGUAAACGCAGGACCCUCCCCCAGCUCCCCAUCGACGACCCCCGGGCCAAGCCAGGGAAGAGCUUGUGUGGCCUGGGCCUGCAUCGCUCAGAGAUCGGGGAGAAACAGGACACGGAGCCCCAGGAGAAGGAGAGGCAGGUGGAGCAUAAAGGAGUCGGGGCGUGCUUCACCUCCAUAGAGGAGGGGGAUAUGAUGAACCAGACCAAGGCCCCGCUACAGGCAUCCUCCAAGCCCUCUCUCAGACCUAUGAGCAGCAGUGAGAAGAGGUCAGAGGAGAGGAGGAGGCGGGCGGAGGACAGGAUUCAGCACCAUAGCAAAGGAGGAGGGGACGGGGGGGAGAGGUCAGGGGUCAAGCCCCUGGUCCGCCAGGGCAGCUUCACCAUCGAGAAGCCCAGUGGUGUGGUGCCCAUCGAGCUGAUCCCUCGGAUCAAAGGUGGUGCCGGUAACCUGGGCCACGAGCGCAGCAUGGACACAGCCACCCUGCUGAAGGACACAGAGGCUGUCAUGGCCUUCCUGGAGGCCAAGCUGAGGGACGAGAACAAGCUGGACAGAGCCAAACGGGCAGGCUCCAUCUCCCCUGAGUCAGACGUGGACACGGCCAGCACCUACAGCCAGGCAGCAGGAGAGGGAGAGAAGAAAGCAGCCCACCAGAAACGCCGCUCCCUCAGCAGCCUGCACAAGGAGAAGAGCCACCUGAGCUCAUCCUCCAAAACCGCUGCCAGCACCAACGCCCGCGAGCGCCUGGAGAGAAAAACCAAAACUAGCCGGCCAGAUGCCCGCCGCUCCGUCCAGCCUGCCUCCUCGCGGGCACGCCAACCCUCCCAGGACCUCACAGAUGACGACCAGACCUCUUCCUUCCCCAUCUCUGACAUCCUCUCCUCUGACCAGGAGAGUUUGUAUAGUCACUCGCACGGCCGCAGCCACUUCACCUCUACUGAUGACCUGCUACAUUCCAAACUGGAGGCCAAAUCCAGCAGCAAGACCAGCUCCAGUAAGACCAGUAAGACCCUCCAGGCCGCCACAGCUUCCUCCCUGGGGAAACAGGCCUCUCUGCCCCAGCCACGGCCUACCAGAACCUCCCUGCUCCGCCGGGCCCGGCUGGGGGACACAUCCGACACGGACCUGCCCGAUACAGACAGGAUGUCUGUGGCCUCCGAGGUGUCCACCACCAGUUCCACGUCCAAGCCUCCAUCCGGUCGUAAAACCACCUCGCGGCUAGACAUGCUGGCCCAGCCCAGGAGGACGCGGCUGGGCUCCAUCUCUGCCCGUAGUGACUCAGAGUGUAUAGUGGGCCGGAGCAACACAUCCUCCCCUCGCCUGUCUGCAGAGACCGCCCUGCGCCUGGGCCUCCGCUCCUCCACCCCCACCGACAACAAACUGGCUCAUCGCAUGAGGGCCAACAGUGUGUCCAAGCUGACCGAGGCCAAGGCCAGAAUCAGCUCCUCCGUCCACAGCACUCCCUCAGCGUCUAACAGGUGGAGACGGCUGCCCCCAGAGUAUGGAUCCACCUCCGAGGAGGAGUUUGGCUCCAACAGGAACUCCCCCAAACCCGGGCGCCCCCUGCGCCCACACCCGGUCCUGAGGGGUACCACCAGCAGGCUUAACUCUGGUCAGGAUAGCCCUGGAGGCGUGGUCCUCAAACACCGCAUGAGAGAACAACAGGAGGAGUACGUCAAGGACUGGAGUGCUCACAGCGAGGAGAUCGCCAGGUUAUUUCCCUGUGUGCGUAGGAUCAGUCAAGACCUGACCAAGGACCUGGCCAUCCUCGCCCGUGAGAUCCACGACGUGGCCGGCGAGAUCGACUCGGUCAGCUCCUCUGGCACGGCUCCCAGCACCACGGUCAGCACCGCCGCCACCACGCCCGGCUCCGCCAUCGACACCCGCGAAGAGCUGGUUGACCGUGUGUUUGACGAGAGCCUCAACUUCAGGAAGAUCCUUCCCAUGGUGCAGAACAAGGCCUCUGAGAUAAACGGACACCCUGUGGAGCUCCGCCCCCGCGCCCCAGACAGCCUGGACUCUGCCCUCCGCAGACGCACAUGGAACAGAGAUGAGGCGGUGUUGGACAGUCUGCUGCUCACAUCUGUCUCUCAGCUGUCAGCCAAAAUCAGACAGUCUGUUGACAAAACAGCAGGAAAAAUACGGAUAUUGUUCAAAGACAAGGACAGGAAUUGGGAUGAGAUUGAGAGCAAACUCCGAUCUGAGAGCGACAUACCACUCCUCAAAACCUCCAACAAGGAGAUCUCCUCUAUCGUCUUGGAGCUGAAGAGAGUGGAGAAGCAGCUACAAGUGAUAAAUGUCAUGGUAGAUCCUGACGGCACCCUGGAUGCCCUGAGCAGCCUUGGCCUGACCAGCCCCCUUACACCCAAGCCCUCUCCUGGUUCUCAGGGGCCCCAGAAGAGCCUCCCAGGCCCUGCAGCCAAGGGCCACACCGCCUCCUCGGCCCCCACUGAGGGGUCAGGAUCUGGGUCAGCCAGAGACCUGGGAAGCCUGCACUUCAACCACAUCCACCCGAGUGGAGAAGAGAGUGCCAUCACUCAGAAGUGAGGAGGUUCCCACCCUCUGCGAUGCUUCGUAUAUAGAACACCUGCCUCAAAUAACAAUUUCCCCUCUUUUUAAAUAUUUCUGAAUGAACACCCACCACCCUAUAGCCAGUAACCUACCAAAGCUAACAGUAAAUCGUUUUUUUUUUAUGUGAACCAAGUUUCUAAAAGUGAAAUAAGUGUACUGUGGAGCAAACUCAUGAAAUGUUACUUAUUGUAUUUUGAAUUUCUGUUUUGCAGGUAAUCUGUUUUCUAUCUAUUUUCUGCACAAAUUUGUCUUAAAUACUACAUUUCAACUUCUCUGAGCAUUUCUGUACCCAGAGAAUCAUAUAUAUUGUUAUGGUGAAAUGCAAUUCACACAAAAACAUUUUUUGAUACGGUUUGAAACUGUUUAAGACUGUUACAGUACCAUUUUAAACUAUGUUACAGUACAGUAAUGCUUGUAUGUAGCCUAAAGGGGUCUACACAGGUGAAACAGAGCCGAUUUUUGGAACGCGACGCAAACAGACCUCCGUUGGCUCCGUUUGUGUAGACUGUGUAGAGCCCUUAAGCCUGGUCCUUGACCUGAAUAACAUAUUUCAUAUUAUUUGCAUUACUUUAUAUUUUUCCUGUUACGACUAUGCGGUAUCUUUGUAAACUGGAAGUGAAAACGAAAAUCUGACGAUGACCGGAUCUUUUUCAGCUUGGGCUGUUCUGAAUCCCUCCUCUUUACUUUAGUACUUCAUACAGUAACAUGCUCUUCUGGAGUACAUAAUAGUUUAUAAGAUGUACACCCUGAAUGGCCUUGGUUGGAGAGAGCUGGUGGGUCUUCUAUCAAAAGGACCUCUGUCUGUUUAGUGUUGAUUUACAAGGACUUUAAAUAGGUAUUUGAAAUUGUAUCAGACAACAUGACUGGAACGAAGUUACCGUCAAAGGUUCAUUAGCUGUAACCACUGUCGUUAAAGAAAAAAGUUACUGCCAAAGCUUCAACCACUGUCAUUACUACAUGUAUGAAUGAUGAUCAUAAGUCAUUUGACUUCUAUAGCAAGCCUUUUGCUGACAUUGAAUCGCUCACUAUUCUACAUUUCCAUAAGGGAGGGUGUUUUCAUGUACUCAUACAGUAUGUGUGUUUAGACUAGACAUCCUCAUUGAGUUUGCUGCUUCUCUUUAGUUCCUUAUUGAAGGGUUAGCCUGACCAUUUUACAAGCCUUUCCAUGUAAAGUUAUGUGUCGUAGUAUAAAAUGUAUUCAAGAUAGUGCAACAGUAUUUAGAUACUUUAGCAAUAGUGAAGUUAGGUACCAGAAGACAUGCUCUCCAACUUUUCUGCUUCAUAUACAGACCUUGAUGUCACUAAGUGCCAAGUUUGAAUAGUAGAAUGGCAUGAUGUUUUUAAAGAUGAGGAAUCAUCAAGUAGUGGGCUGAAAUUGUAUAAUUUGUGAAAUGUGUCAAAGGCUCUUCAAGAGUGGUUUUAGGAUACAAAAGGACAAAAGCAACAUUGAACAGCUGAUAUCAGAAUGAGAUGCCUCUGUACCUAUCCUCUGUUUGUCAGUAUAUUACAUUUUAAAAAGAAAGUUAUGGGAAUAAUGAAGUGCUCGGUACACUUUUGUUGUUAAUUUGAAAGUUUACACAUUUAUCUUAUCAGUGUUUUACUUUUCUGUUUCAUGUUUUGUAUAAACCACCAUUUUAUUUAUUUUGUUGUUAAUUCAAUGUAUUUUAUUGUUGCAAUUCAUGUGUUAUGUUUUUUGUUAUGUUACUUAUUUUCAAUUAAAUAAAACGUUGUGAUUCUUUCCUUA